UACUGGGCAGGCUCAGUCUUUCGCCUCAGUCUCGAGCUCUAGCUGGUAGCGAGACGUACGCGCUCCGGUUCUUCAGUACCAGCGGCCGCCAUCGUCGCCGUUUGAUUCCUUUGGGCACAUCUACGCCAUUCACCCGCCACACACUCCACCGUCAUUAGCCGCCGGCAUGGUGAAGCUCGCAAAGGCUGGUAAAAAUCAAGGUGAGUCCAAGAAAAUGGCUCCUCCUCCAAAAGAGGUAGAAGAAGAUAGUGAAGAUGAGGAAAUGUCAGAUAAAGAAGAUGAAAGCAGUGGAGAAGAGGUUAUCAUUCCUCAGAUAAAAGUCAAGAAGGCUACAACUCCAGGAAAGAAGGUGAUGGUUCCCCCAACAAAAAAGAUUGCAGUUGCCACCCCUGGCAAAAAGGCAGCAUUUACACCAGCCAAAUCAUUAGCCACACCUGGUAAGACGGGAGGCACACCAGGUAAAUCAUUGGUAGCAACCCCUGGACAGGGAGCAGCCACCCCAGCCAAGGGAGCAAAGAACACCAAGAAGGAAGAUAGUGAUGAGGAUAAUGAUGACAGUGAAGAGGAGGAGCAUGACGAGGAGAAUGAGGAUGAAUUUCAGCCAGCAGUGAAGAAAGCUGCUGCUGCUGCUGUUACUGCCUCAGAUGAUGAGGAUGAUGAUGAAGAAGAUGACUCUGAAGAAGAACCUAUGGAGAUUGCACAAGCCAAAGGCAAGAAAGCUCCCAUAAAAGCUAUUCCUGUGAAGGCUAAGAGCACAGCUGAGGAUGAAGAUGAAGAGGAUGAGGAAGAGGAGGAGGAAGAACCUGUCAAAGAAGCACCUGGAAAAGGAAAGAAGAAAAUGGCCAAACAGAAGGCUGCUCCUGAGGCCAAGAAACAGAAAGUGGAAGCCACAGAACCAACUACGGCUUUCAAUCUCUUUGUUGGAAACCUGAACUCUAGCAAGUCUGCUCCUGAAUUAAAAACGGGUAUCAGUGAUGUUUUUGCUAAAAACGAUCUUGCUGUUGUGGAUGUCAGAAUUGGUGUGUCCAGGAAGUUUGGCUAUGUGGAUUUUGAAUCUGCUGAGGACCUGGAAAAAGCCUUAGAACUCACUGGUUUAAAAGUCUUUGGCAAUGAAAUUAAACUAGAAAAACCAAAGGGAAAAGACAGUAAAAAAGAUGUUUAAAUUGAUUUUGAGGCCGCAGCGUGAGGAGCUGCCGCCAUGUCUGCCCACCUGCAAUAGAUGAUGGUGCAGAACUGCUCCAGCUUCCUGAUCAAGAGGAACAAGCAGACGUAUAGCACCGAACCCAAUAAUCUGAAGGCCCACAACUCCUUUCACUACAAUGGGUUGAUGCACCACAAGAUGGUGGGCGUGGAGCCGGCUCCCAACGGCAAAGGGGUGAUGGUCAUCAUGAAGCGAAGAACCAGCCAGUGAGAGCCGGCCACCGCCUACGUGCGCACCACCAUCAACAAGAACGCCCGGGCCACCCUGAUCAGCAUCCGGCACAUGAUCCGCAAGAACAAGUACCACCCGGAUCUGCGCAUGUCCAGUGCCGUCUUGUGCAGCCAGAAGCCCAUGAUGGUGAAGAGGAAGCAGGCCCGCCCUACCAAGAGCUCCUGAGCACCCUCCCCCUAAACAAAGGUAUCAGCCAGCUCUCCUCAAAAAAAAUAAAAAAUAAAAAAUAAAAAAAAUUUGAUUUUGAGAGAGGAAGAGGGAGAGAGACAUCCAUCAAUCGGCCACUGGGGAUCAAACCUUACAACCCAGGCUUGUGCUUUGGCCCAGCCAACUGAGCUACACUGGCCAGGGCUGCUCAUGACUUUAAAUUAAAAACUGCCCACUGGUGUGGCUCAGUGGAUGAGCAUUGACCUAUAAGCCAGGAGGUCACGGUUUGAUACCCCAUCGGGGGCAGGCGUACAGGAGGCAGCCAAUCCAUGAUUCUUUCACCACUGAUGUUUCCAUCUCCCUCCCUCUGCCUUCCUCUCUGAAAUCAAUCAAAAUAUAUUUAACCCUUUGCACUCGGAUGUCGAGUGUGACUCAAUACGGUUAGCAGUAGAAUAAAGGAAUCGAAAACAAGCGAGUGUAAAGGGUUAAAAAUAUGUAUAUAUUUUGAUUUUAGAGAGGAAGGGAGAGACAUCAAUGAUGAGAGAGAAUCAUGGAUUGGCUGCUUUUGCAAGCCCCCCACUGGGGAUCGAGCCUGCAACCCAGCAUGUGUCCUUGACUGGAAUCAAAUCUGGUACCCUUCAAUCCAUAGGCUGAUGCACUAUGCAUGGAGCCAAACCAGCUAGGGCAAAAAAAAUAUUUUUGAAACUGCUAAGCACCUACUAGGUUGAGUUGUAAGUAUCUAGCACAUAGUUUGAUGUCAGGUGUGACAGGAGCGUGUCUUGCUACUGUUGUAUCGCCAUACUGUUAGUGUCUUUCUUGUAAGUAUAUAGGACCCCAAAUUAUUUCCUAAACCAGUGGUUCUCAACCUGUGGGUUGUGACCCCUUUUGGGGGUCAAACGACCCUUUCACAGGGGUUCCCUAAGACCAUGGGAAAACACAUAUUUCUGAUGGUCUUAGGAACUGAGACACCACUCCUCUCUCCAUCUCCAGGUGGGUCCACACACACAUGCAGAUACGCCCACAUAGGA